CGACCAAGUCCUGCCCGGCCCUCACCGGCUCUCUCGAGUCCCGCCCUCUGUCAUUUGGGGCUCCGCCUCCGAGCUUUUAGCCCCGCCCCUAGAACCUGGGCACCUGGCUCUCCUGCCGCCCUAGCCCGUCCCCCCCCAACCCCAAGACCCGAUUCCCUAACUGAGGAAACCCUGGGCCUCCUAGGCCUGGUCCUUGUGGUUCCUUUCGUCUAUCCGUUUCUCAGGCUGCGUGCCAGUGAGCCGUGAGGCAGCACCUCUCCGGCUGGCCGCUUGCGGGCUCCCCCGUGAGGGAGGGAAGGUUGUGGUCCUCUCCCUCUUGUCCUCUGCUCUGGACUCUGCCCCCAGUAACAGGUCAGGUGGGUGCUACUCCUAGACUCAGAGACUGGCCGAACAGCCCUGUGGAUUCACGCCCCUACCAGGGCCAAAAUGACAAGCAGGCAGCCAGGACCCUCGCCAAGGUAGAAUGGGUGAGGAGGGCCCCCCCAGCCUGGAGUACAUCCAAGCCAAGGAUCUGUUCCCCCCCAAGGAACUUGUGAAGGAGGAGGAGAAUCUUCAGGUACCCUUCACAGUGCUACAGGGUGAGGGAGUGGAAUUCCUGGGCCGGGCAGCUGAUGCCCUCAUUGCCAUCUCCAACUACCGGCUGCAUAUCAAGUUCAAAGACUCUGUCAUCAACGUACCCCUCCGGAUGAUUGACAGUGUGGAAAGUCGUGAUAUGUUCCAGUUGCACAUUGCCUGCAAGGACUCCAAAGUGGUGAGGUGCCACUUCUCCACUUUCAAGCAGUGCCAAGAGUGGCUCUCAAGGCUAAGCCGGGCCACAGCAAGACCUGCCAAGCCCGAGGAUCUCUUUGCCUUUGCCUACCAUGCCUGGUGCCUGGGGCUGACCGAGGAGGAUCAGCAUACCCACCUGUGUCAGCCAGGAGAGCACAUCCGAUGCCGACAGGAGGCAGAGCUCAUGAGGAUGGGUUUUGACCUGCAGAACGUCUGGAGGGUCUCGCAUAUCAACAGCAAUUACAAGCUAUGCCCUAGUUACCCCCAGAAGCUGCUGGUUCCUGUGUGGAUCACAGAUAAAGAGCUGGAGAACGUGGCUUCUUUCCGCUCCUGGAAACGCAUCCCUGUCGUGGUGUACAGACAUCUGCGCAACGGGGCUGCCAUUGCACGCUGCAGCCAGCCUGAGAUCAGCUGGUGGGGCUGGCGCAAUGCGGAUGAUGAAUACCUGGUCACAUCCAUUGCCAAAGCCUGCGCCUUAGACCCAGGGACAAGGGCCAGCGGGGGCUCCCUCAGCACUGGGACCACUGAUGCCACUGAGGCAUGUGACACUGAUUUCGAUUCUUCUCUGACUGCAUGCUCUGGGGUGGAGAGCACAGCAGCCCCUCAAAAGCUGCUGAUCCUGGAUGCACGGUCCUACACAGCAGCAGUGGCUAACCGGGCCAAGGGUGGAGGCUGUGAAUGUGAAGAGUACUACCCUAACUGUGAGGUCGUGUUUAUGGGAAUGGCCAACAUCCAUGCCAUCCGGAAUAGCUUCCAGUAUCUCCGGGCUGUGUGUAGCCAGAUGCCAGAUCCCAGCAACUGGUUGUCAGCACUGGAGAGUACCAAAUGGCUGCAACACUUGUCGGUGAUGCUAAAAGCGGCUGUGUUGGUAGCUAAUACAGUAGAUCGGGAAGGCCGGCCUGUGCUGGUGCACUGCUCUGAUGGCUGGGACCGCACGCCACAGAUUGUAGCCCUGGCCAAAAUAUUACUGGAUCCAUAUUACAGGACCCUGGAGGGCUUCCAAGUGUUAGUGGAGUCUGAUUGGCUGGAUUUUGGGCACAAGUUUGGAGAUCGCUGUGGCCAUCAGGAAAAUGCAGAGGACCAAAAUGAACAGUGUCCCGUGUUCCUGCAGUGGCUCGAUUCUGUUCAUCAGCUGCUUAAGCAGUUCCCCUGCCUGUUCGAAUUCAAUGAAGCAUUUCUGGUAAAACUGGUGCAGCACACAUACUCCUGUCUCUACGGCACGUUCCUGGCCAACAACCCCUGUGAGCGAGAGAAGCGCAACAUCUAUAAGCGGACAUGCUCCGUGUGGGCACUCCUGCGAGCUGGCAACAAGAACUUUCAUAACUUCCUCUAUACACCUGGUUCAGACAUGGUCCUGCACCCCGUGUGUCACGUCCGGGCCCUGCACCUCUGGACAGCUGUUUAUCUCCCUGCAUCAUCUCCAUGCACACUUGGAGAGGAAAAUAUGGAUCUUUACCUUUCCCCAGUGGCUCAGAGCCAGGAAUUUACUGGCCGUUCUCUGGACAGGUUACCUAAGACCAGAUCCAUGGACGAUCUUCUUUCUGCCUGUGACACGAGCAGCCCCCUCACCCGUACAUCCAGUGACCCUAACCUCAAUAACCACUGUCAGGAGGUCAGAGUCAGCCUGGAGCCCUGGCACAGCAGUCCUGAAGGAGCAGAGACCGUCUGCGUAGAAUCUGGGGUAGGAGGCCCACAGCUGACUGUGGGAGACAUGGGCCUUCCUCCUCCCCUGCCCAGUAGCCAGAAAGACUACCUGAGCAAUAAACCUUUCAAGGGUCACAAAAACUGUUCUCUCAGUUAUAAAUUGCUUAAUACUUCUGUGCCCUGGGAGAUGAAGAGCAACACCUCUGAGAUCAAAGUCCUGGAAGAGACUGAGGCGCCGGUCCCAGACCCUCCAGCCCAAGAGGAGCAGGGUAGGACUUGUGGUGGCUUAGGAAAGCCACCUGAACAGUGUCCUGCAAAGGAAGCUCUCAGUGCACUCUCUGAUGUUCCCAGCAAGUGUGGCGGAGCCUGUGGGCUUCCUGAUCCUCCCCAGGAUUCCCUUACAGGUUCUCCCAAACAGGUCCAUCUAGACUCUGUGCAGCCUGUGCCCACACGGUGUACUCCAGAUCACAGUCAGGGUAGCCUUUGCAAUCCACCGAGUGCUGCCAGCCAAACUCCUCAAGGGCCAAAUACUGACCUCUUCAGCCAAGAUACCCCUGGGUCUACAGCAACUAUCUCCCACCAGGAACAGCCUACUUCUGUGCCAGAUCUGAGCUACAAGAAGGAAGAUGCUGGCAGGAGAGGAAGCAAGAACGGGCAGUUGUUAGAAAAUCCUCGCUUUGGGAAAAUGCCAUUGGAGCUGGCCCGAAAGCCCAUUUCUCAGAGCCAGAUCAGUGAGUUCUCAUUUUUAGGGUCGAACUGGGACAGCUUCCAAGGGAUGGUGACUUCAUUCCCAAGUGGAGAGACCACUCCUCGGCGACUGCUUGCUUAUGGCUGUUGUAGCAAGAGGCCGAGCAAUAAGCAUAUUCGAGGUGCAGGGCCCUGCUCUGGGGGCCAGUGGGCUCAGAGAGAAGGCACGAAGUCACCUGUCUGUCCUAGUCAUUCCAGUGGACACUGUGCAGGCCCAGGAGGAAAGACCAGCCGUCUGUGGUUGUCCAGUCACCCAAAGCAAGUCUCCAGCACAAAGCCUUCUCUUCUGAGCUGCCCUUCUCCAGUGCCUCCUCUCUACCUGGACGACGACGGACUCCCCUUUCCCACGGAUGUGAUCCAACAUAGGUUACGGCAGAUCGAAGCAGCAUACAAGCAAGAGGUAGAACAGCUACGGCGACAGGUUCGAGAGCUUCAGAUGAGGCUAGACAUCCGUCACUGCUGUGCCCCUCCAGCAGAGCCCCCCAUGGACUAUGAGGAUGACUUUACGUGUCUAAAGGAGUCAGAUGGCAGUGACACUGAAGACUUUGGCUCUGAUCACAGUGAAGACUGCCUUUCGGAAGCAAGCUGGGAACCCGUUGACAAGAAGGAAACUGAGGUGACUCGCUGGGUUCCAGACCAUAUGGCAUCACACUGCUAUAACUGUGACUGUGAGUUCUGGUUGGCCAAACGAAGACAUCAUUGCAGAAAUUGUGGGAACGUAUUUUGUGCUGGAUGCUGCCACCUUAAGCUGCCCAUUCCUGAUCAGCAACUCUAUGACCCAGUUCUCGUCUGUAACUCUUGUUACGAACACAUUCAAGUAUCUCGUGCCAGGGAACUCAUGAGCCAACACCUGAAGAAACCCAUUGCUACAGCUUCCAGUUGAAUGCCAGAGGAGAUGAUCUGUCCAUUUUUUAGCAGGUUUGAAGGGAGGAUCUGCUUCAGGUGUAGUCUGGAAGGUUCCUUGGUAUGGCUCAUGAACACAGAGCUCAAAGAUACCGUCUUGAGAAAUCCUCCUUGGUACCAUGUGACUGGAGCAGAGGAAUUUUAAUUUGGCAGGAGAUUUUCUACUGGAGAGACCCUCACUUUGGGGUAAUGGUUCUGAUCCAGACCCAGAGUAUGGAGUCUUCACACUGAGUUGGUGACUCCAGCGUCUAUCUCCUGGAGGUCACGAGAUGAUUCAUAAAUAUUGUCUGGUGCACAGUGCCCAAACAGCAAUAGAAAGGCAUACUUCUAACCAAACUCCAAGUGAUAAUGAGACCCGUCUCUCCUCCACCUUGAAAAGAGCAGAUUAUAGUAUCCAAGAUAGGAACUCCCAUCCUGUUUGAGACGAACUCUAUUCUGUACCUCUGUGCUCUGUGUAUGUGCAUGAAGGCUCAGUCUCUUAGAGGCACUUCCUCUAGUUGCAUUAGUUCCGUCUUCUGUGGAGUUUGGUUCAAAGACUGGUUUGGCAAAUGGAGGUUUUGAUGUAUUUUCCACGUGGCUCACUGGCUAGCAUCAGCGAAUAUUCGGUUUUAGAGGGACAGUUCUAAGGAUUAAGACAUUUGGAAACAGGAAAACUCUGGUGAUGUUUAAUCUUGGCGAAAAUCAGUUAUUUGGAGCUGUGAAGGCUGUUGUCACUCUUACGCAGUGGCUGCUCUUGAGGUACGCACUGUGAAGAAUGAGAAAGGAAAAACAAAAUUAUCCUUGUGAAAUUCUGCUGACUGUGCCCUACUCUCUGCACCUGACUUUUCCUAGUUGUCCUGGUGCUAACAUGGGAGCUACACCUUGAUCCUCUCCUGGCAUGAAAAUCAAGGAUUCUGUUGUUCCACUGCCCACUUCCCCCAUGUUGUCUUUCCCUUGGCCGCUGCCUCCUCUGGGUCACACUGCUUCUUAUCCUGAACACUUGACACCUUGAGGGUAGAAUAUAGCAUUUGGUUUUUACCUCCUAGCAUAUGCUACUUGGUAUGUGAGGGUUUCAGUACAAAUGCUGCUGUCUAUUUUUGUGCACUUAACAAUGGAACCCAAACAGAAAGAAGAAAGCCUUGAUACCAAAACUGGGAGUGAUGAUGUGUCCAUUUGGACCAAACAUUUUGUUUUGUUUUAUUUUGAUUUUGUUUUCCAUCUUACUAUGUACCAGUGGCACUUAACCAAAAGAUACAGUAAUAUAGCCAUUUACUGUGGUUGGGACAGAUACAGUCUCCUUGGCUUAUAGUGAAAGCGCUAGGACUUCCUUUCUAUGUUUUCCUUAAUUCAUUGAUGUAGAAAAGAUAAAUUGCGUACUCUGUGUUAAAACUACAGCAGUUGUCUUUCUCACUGCUACUGUAAUGUUGCUUUCUAGAAAACAUUUUCAUUCCAAACUAACCAGAACCUACAUUUAGAAUAGGAAUUACUUAUCCUGACCUUUUCUUCAGUUCUACAGUGAGGCAUCUGUGCUCCUUUUAUACUUGCCAUGGAUGUAACCUAAAAAGUUUUGGCAUAUUUAGGUCAGCCUAGCAGAUUUUUUUUAUUCAUUUAAAUGGAGCUGAAUAAUGGAGAUUUUGUGUCUGAGAAAUUCCUAAGAUCAAUGAAAGAGUGACAAACUAUUUGUCUCUGAUACAUAAAAUUAUUUUAAGCAUUUUUCUCAAUCAUUAAAAUUUACUGCCAGUCAUGAGUGGCUUUUUAAUUACCAAUUUUCAUUGCACUUCACUCUGUUUUCAGGGGGAUCGAUAACAUUCGGGGAGACUGUAUCUGUCUACUUUGUGUGACUGUUUUGAGGGACUGUCCCAUCAGUGAACAAACUGCAUGGCCUUGGAGAGAGACUCCGGGCUUCUAGCUCAGAUGUGUUCAUCCUUUCAGAGCUGUUGUGGGUGUAAGUGACAUGAUGUGGCCAAAAAUCCAAACUGUGCAGUCGCGUUGUGACAAACAUGCAAUGUGCUGUAAAAACUCAAUACAGUUUAAAUAAAAUCUCUAUAUUAGUG